AUGAAUGAGACAGACCUUCCAGAUGAGUUUCGCUCUUAUCGUCUAAGCCAGCUGGAACGUACUGAAGAUGAUGCUGCCCUUGGUAAAGAGGGAAUGAACUUUAGCGAGAACACGAAUUUUUGCCAGUUGGACGGUGAAGACGCUGGAGACGAAGCGAUAUACGUGGACCUCAUGAAGAAUCCAGAAAGGUUUACAGGAUACGCAGGUACGAGUGCAAAUCGCGUGUGGCGAAGUAUCUAUGAUGAGAACUGCUUUGGUGGUGUGAAAUGGAUGGAACCAGCCCGCUCCAAAGAGUCCGGAGGUACCGGUUUUGUCAGUCAAAGCAAAGUUAAAGAAGCUAUGAAAAGUGUUCCGCUUACUCUCAUGAAUCCUGCAUCUCCCUUCCAGCCUGGACCAUUGGAUUCACUGAUUGAAUCAGUUCAAGCACCGAUUGAUCCUGCCAGUGUUGAGCAGUGUCUCGAAAAACGUGUAUUCUAUCGCGUUAUUUCGGGCUUACAUGCGUCUAUUUCUAUUCACAUUUGCAACGAAUACCUCGAUCAAGACACAAUGACUUGGGGCCCAAACUUGGAGUGCUUCCUGACGCGCAUUUCGCAGCAUCCAGAGCGACUGCAAAACGUCUACUUCGACUAUGUGAUCAUGAUGCGCGCCUUAUCCAAAGCGGGAGAGUAUUUGGAUAAAUUCUCGCUUCGGUCCGGUGAUGAGAUCAAAGAUGAAGAGUCACGCAAACAACUGAGCGAGCUAUUACAGCUAGCCAGGGAGAACAGGCCGUCCUUUGACGAACACAAGCUGUUUACGCUAACGGAUGACCCUAACCAUAAUCGAGAAACACUUGCGCUCAAAGAGGAUUUCCGCAUGCACUUCCGUAAUAUUUCGCGUAUUAUGGACUGUGUGGGUUGCGACAAGUGCCGUCUGUGGGGCAAAGUACAGAUUACCGGCGUGGGCACAGCGCUCAAGCUGCUUUUUGCUUUUGAAGAAUCGGAAACAGAACAGCGUGUCGAACUGACGAGGAAUGAGUUGGUGGCUCUAAUUAAUACAGCCCAUCGUAUUUCGGAGAGUGUAUGUACGAGAAUGGAACGCUAA